AUAUAUAUAAAUUUUUUGUACUGAUCGAGAAACUAACAGAAAGACAAUGACGGCAUUAGGCAUUGGAGCAAUUCCCAGAUCAAUGUGGCUUCUGCCACACAACAAAUUUGUAUUUCCAAAUCCAAAUUCAAACACUAGAAAUACUGCACAUUUUCCUGAAAGAAUCAGAAUUCCAUCAAACAAUGUCUCUUUGCAAAAGUUUACAGCUUCAUUUUCCACAAAGGCUGCUGCUUUUUCAGUAGGAAAAACAGAAUAUGCAGAAGAGCCUGCUACUAAUGUAAAAUUUCAGACAUUAUUGAAUCUUCCUGGUUGCUCAAGUUCAUUAUCUUUGAUUGGAACAGGAUUCAGAGAAAAGGUUUUUGCGAUAAUUGGCGUUAAGGUCUAUGCGGCUGGGCUUUACCUGGAUCCUGCUAUCUUGGAUAACUUACAGGAAUGGAAAGGACGAACGGCAUCUGAUAUUCAAGACGAUUCGUCUUUGUUUGACUUAAUUUAUCAGGCUCCUCUAGAGAAAUCAUUACAAAUAGUUCUAGUGAGAGAUGUUGAUGGAAAAACAUUCUGGGAUGCAUUAGAUGAAGCCAUAUCGCCAAGAAUUAAAUCGCCCACUUCUGUUGACCAAACAGCUCUAGCUACAUUCCGUGGUAUCUUUCAAGGACGGCCAUUAAAGAAGGGAACUUCCAUAUUCUUAACUUGGGUUGACCCCUCCAAAAUGCUGAUUCACUUAUCAGCCGAAGGGAUUCCAUCGGCUUCAGAAGCUACAAUUGAGUCACAAAAUGUGACACUCUCUUUAUUUGACGUGUUUUUUGGACGGGCUCCCGUUUCUCCUACCUUAAAAGCUUCAGUUAGCAAGGGCUUGGCUUCAACUCUAAAAUGAACUCGGGGUAAGCGGCAGAUAUCUACACUUAGCUAUGGCUUGGCUUCUUUCAGCUACAGCUUGACUUCAUGAAACGAGUCCUUUUAUGUUUUCUUGAAUAAAUGUAACUUUGGCUUCAUGCUUGUAAAAUUUCCAACAUAAAAGUCGUGACCAUGAUAAUGAAUCAAACAAUGUGAUCCGGUUUAA